GGUCCAAUCGCUGGUCGCGGGGCCCUGGCGAACCAAUGAGGGUGCAGCGGCCGCUGCGUCCGAACGCGGCGUCUGGUUUUCCCCGCGAAACUCGGCGGCUGAGUGCGGUGGUGCUUGUCUCUUCUGGUCCAUUGGAGUUCGGGGAGAGGUACAGUCAUGUCGGGCUUCGACGACCCCGGCGUUUUCUACAGCGACAGUUUCGGGGGUGACACCGGGGGCGAUGAGGGGCAGGCCCGCAAAUCGCAGCUGCAGAGACGCUUCAAGGAGUUCUUGCGGCAGUACCGAGUGGGCACCGACCGCACCGGCUUCACCUUCAAAUACAGGGAUGAACUCAAGCGGCAUUACAACCUGGGGGAGUACUGGAUCGAGGUGGAGAUGGAGGACCUGGCCAGCUUUGAUGAGGACCUGGCUGAGUUCUUGUACAAGCAGCCAACCGAGCAUUUGCAGCUGCUGGAGGAAGCUGCCAAGGAGGUGGCUGAUGAGGUGACCCGGCCCCGGCCUGUUGGUGAGGAGGUGCUCCAAGACAUCCAGGUCAUGCUCAAGUCAGACGCCAGCCCAUCCAGCAUUCGUAGCCUGAAGGUGGGUUUGCUUAGAGGCCAAUUGGAGGGGGGUGGUGGCUGUCGCAUGGUGCAGAGGGGCUUUGGAGACAGACACACUUGCCUCCUGCACAGGGAUCAGGCUGGCCGUCCCAAGUGCCCACUGGACCCCUACUUCAUCAUGCCCGACAAGUGCAAAUGCGUGGACUUCCAGACCCUCAAGCUGCAGGAGCUGCCUGACGCCGUGCCCCACGGCGAGAUGCCCAGACACACGCAGCUCUACUGCGACAGGUACCUGUGUGACAAGGUCGUACCCGGGAAUCGGGUCACCAUCAUGGGCAUCUACUCCAUCAAGAAGUUUGGCCUGACCUCUAGCAAGGGCCGCGACAGGGUGGGCGUGGGCAUCCGGAGCUCCUACAUUCGUGUCCUGGGCAUCCAGGUGGACACAGAUGGCUCUGGCCGCAGCUUUGCUGGGGCGGUAACCCCGCAGGAGGAGGAAGAGUUCCGGCGUCUGGCCGCCCUCCCCAAUGUCUACGAGGUCAUCUCCAGGAGCAUCGCCCCCUCCAUCUUCGGGGGCACAGACAUGAAGAAGGCCAUCGCCUGCCUGCUCUUUGGGGGUUCCCGGAAGAGGCUCCCCGAUGGACUCACUCGCCGAGGGGAUAUCAACCUGCUGAUGCUGGGGGACCCGGGGACAGCCAAGUCCCAGCUGCUGAAGUUUGUGGAGAAGUGUUCUCCCAUUGGGGUGUACACGUCUGGGAAAGGCAGCAGCGCAGCUGGCCUGACAGCCUCAGUAAUGAGGGACCCCUCGUCCCGGAAUUUCAUUAUGGAAGGUGGAGCCAUGGUCCUGGCCGAUGGUGGGGUCGUCUGUAUCGACGAGUUUGACAAGAUGCGGGAAGAUGACCGUGUGGCAAUCCAUGAGGCCAUGGAGCAGCAGACCAUCUCUAUUGCUAAGGCCGGAAUCACCACCACCCUCAACUCCCGCUGCUCCGUCCUGGCUGCUGCCAACUCGGUGUUCGGCCGCUGGGAUGAGACGAAGGGGGAGGACAACAUCGACUUCAUGCCCACCAUCUUGUCCCGCUUCGACAUGAUCUUCAUUGUCAAGGACGAGCACAAUGAGGAGAGGGAUAUGAUGCUGGCCAAACAUGUUAUCACUCUGCACGUGAGUGCGCUGACACAGAUGCAGGCUGUGGAGGGCGAGAUUGACCUCACCAAGCUGAAGAAGUUCAUCGCCUACUGCCGCGCGAAAUGCGGCCCCCGGCUGUCGGCAGAGGCCGCAGAGAAACUAAAGAACCGGUACAUCAUCAUGCGGAGCGGGGCCCGUCAGCACGAGAGGGACAGUGACCGCCGCUCCAGCAUCCCCAUCACUGUGCGGCAGCUGGAGGCCAUCGUGCGCAUCGCUGAGGCCCUCAGCAAGAUGAAGCUGCAGCCCUUCGCCACAGAGGCAGACGUGGAGGAGGCCCUGAGGCUCUUCCAGGUGUCCACGCUGGAUGCUGCCUUGUCGGGCACCUUGUCAGGGGUGGAGGGCUUCACCAGCCAGGAGGACCAGGAGAUGCUGAGCCGCAUCGAGAAGCAGCUCAAGCGCCGUUUUGCCAUUGGCUCCCAGGUGUCAGAGCACAGCAUCAUCCAGGACUUCACCAAGCAGAAAUACCCAGAGCACGCCAUUCACAAGGUCCUGCAGCUCAUGCUGCGGCGGGGCGAGGUCCAGCAUCGCAUGCAGCGCAAAGUUCUCUACCGCCUCAAGUGAGCCCACUGCCUCCCGCGCGUCCCACCGCAGGAGUGUCGCCGUCACCUCUCGCCUCUCUACUGCCAUAUCCUUGAACUUCCCUCGUGCCCUCCUCUCUGCCCUUGGAGGGAAGAGUCCCGCCUGGCCUGGAGGAGGGAGCCACCCUAUUCCACCUCACUGCCUCUGCUCUCUGUUCCAGACGCAGGUCCGAGAAAUGUGUUUUUGGAGAUCAUUCAAAUAAUAAAGCCGUAAGAGUUUGGA